AUGUCGGAAAAGGCGAAUCAAAUGUGGGGAGGAAAAGCCGGUGAGUCUCUCCAUCUUUUGACCACCUCUGCGCUUUCGCCAAUUCUCACAUCCUCCCAGGUGUGCAAAAACUGCACAAAAUCAAAACGCGAAUGCGCCGGCUACGUGCAACCUCUCGUUUAUAAACAACAGACUCAAGGCCCUCCUACCGCCUUCCAUGAUCCUUCCGAGCGAUUUCUGUCGCAACAGGACGAAGGUGCCCCCCCUAGCGGUUUCCUCAACCUACGCUUGCCGCCGGAGCAGCAGUAUCUGGCGCCGUAUCACGGCCUCGAUUCCUCGAUCCCGCCUCCUUACCAACAACUGCCUUUCGGUGCCAGUUACCAUGCGGUACCGCCGUUGCCCUCUGGCGGCGUACCUUACCCGACCGCUCCUCAAGCGGGAGGCUCUGAUGGAUGGCAAAAUGUUCAGUACGCCUCGGGUCCGCCAUACUUGGGAACAUCUGAACGCACGGGAAGAAGUGUACCUGGACUGCCCACGACAUAUGUCCAGGCCGGAACAUUUCCAACAUCUUCUCGUCCUUUUGACCCGCAGUUGAUAGACCCACGGGGAUAUCCAGGCCCACAAGCCCUCUCAGCACAGUAUCAGAGACCAUUUCCUCCAUAUCCUACAAGUGAUCCCAGGUUUUCACAAGGACAAUCAACCCCAGAAUAUUUCCGCCAGCAACCAGUUGCCCUCGCGCGUCCACCAGGGGGCAUGUAUGAAAGCAUAGACGAAAAUGUGGCGAGUCAACACAGUCUCUAUGGUUUCCUACAACCUCCCUACCAUACACCUUCGGCCCUUCCUUCCACGCUUGCUGCAGCCGUGAGUGCCGGUGUUGCGACUGGUGAUGAUAUCUUUGAAGACCCUGAUGACCCGUUCGACGUGGAGAUGGACGAGAAUGACAUUUCGUUUCAAGAUGCUGCGAAUAAUCUUACACAAGUACUUGGUCAGUCGGGUCAACGCGGUUACUGGGAUCAUAGACCAGACACUUCCCGAAAGAUGCAAGACCGGGCAGUCGCAAGCUUCCGCCCCGCGAUGACUAUGUCGCCGUUACACGAUGAAAGAAACGAGCGCAUCUUUCGGCACUUCGUCGAGAUUACAAGCCAAUGCAUGUCCAUAUACGAGAGGCAUCUCUUCAGCUCCGUAGCCGCCCCGGCGAGGACACCAUGGAAUUUUACAAUCCCAGCCCUGGCCUUGUCGCAUCCUGCCCUUGCGCACGCCAUUUUGGCUCUGGGUGGAUUGCAUUUGGCCAAGUUGACCAAUACAUCCGAGGACCCAGCCGUCAAGCAUUUUACGUACGCGGUCCGAAGAGUAGGAAAGCUUCUUGGUCUUCCGAACCGACGCCACGAGAUUGCGACGCUGGCGACGGUGCUUGUUCUCGGGUACUACGAGGUGUUGAGCGGCGACCACUCGCGCUGGAGUUUGCAUUUGUCAGGCGCCACCAAGCUGGUGUUGGAACAUGAUUAUGCCGGAACGACUCGUCACGCCAGGCGCAUGCGAAAUAGUGCCAAAGCAAGAGUCACUCAGUGGACCACACACUUUGCCUUGACGCAGGAAAACUAUGCGCGUGUGGCAGGGAUACCGCUUUCGCUCAUGGAUGACAUGGAUUGGGAAGUUGACUCUGCUUUAGUCUCCCGGCUGACGGGGUUUAAUGUGGACUAUGACCAUCAGGCACAGCCGACCUUCGAACCGCAAGUGCGCUCGAUUGAUCUGACUGAGAAGGAUAUCGAAGAUUUCAAGACCAAGAUGGACCUGAGGUGGUGGUACUGCAAACAAGACGUGUUUCAGAGUUUGAUCAGUGGCGACCGGCUUCUGAUGCCUUUCGAAGUUUGGAGAUACUGCCCUCCCAGAGGACAGAUCGGGCGUGUCAACAAGUCGUACGCCACUUUCGAUCAUUUGCUUCUGAUCAUGGCACGGCUGGCCGACUUUGGUGGGAAAGACCGAUACCGUAAGCAACGAGCAGUUGCCGCCCAAGGAGGCCAAUGGAAACCUCCCCAGUGGCUCUUUGGGCCUCAUGGGCCGCCUGGAACCCCGGCGGGCAAAGGCAAAGCCGAGUCAGGACCAGUCCGCAAGCCAUCUGGCUCCAACACUAGAAAACCUGGUGCAUCAGUGAGGUCCGCUGGCGAAGCCGGUGCAAAGCCUGCACCAGCCCCCAGUGCUAACGAGGGCAGAGUCAGACAGAGUAAGCCAGGUCCAGGCUCGAGGCCGACGACCAGCCCGCCUAUGUUCGGUAUGAUGCCUCCGGCUAGCGAGCCUCUCCAAGUGAAUUCGGCGUUCCGAACUUUGGACGCCAGCAUUAAAGACCCAGCAUUCGCUGUGAGACAGCAGCCAAAAGAAGCAUCCCCGCCAGGAGAUCUUGGGGAUGAGACCACAAAAGCGUUUGCUGAGCAUGCUGGGAUUACGAAAGCAUUUGAAAUAUUCAAGAAAUCGCUCGGCCCCGAGUUUGAGCCCUUGCCAACUUCCGAGUCGCGAAUAGCGACGCCCUUCGGCCCUGCCUUGAUGUAUAGGAAUGCAGAAGUGGCUUGUAUAUGGGCGUUCUACAACGUCGGUCGGAUCCUGCUACAUCGUUUGCAUCCGGAAAUGCCUCCUGCUGCCAUGAUCUCUGCCGGUGUCACCGCGCAUCUCACUCGAGAAUAUGCUCAAAACGUGGGCAAGAUUUGUGCCGCACUCUAUUCUAUACAGCAAUAUGGCCAAAGUGGCGCCCUGGAGCCUAGCUUUGGUGGUGCACUGAUGGAGAGCACGCUCACGCUUCUGUUUGCUGGUAUUCAAUACGUGGAUGCUAGCCAGCGAGGGUGGACAAUCAGCAAACUUCAAGAUGUGGCAACGAGGUGCGGCUGGCGAACAUCUGAUGCCAUUGCGGCUGCUUGUGAGACGGCCUGGGAAAAAAUGGGACAAGCAGGCAAGGCGCCACCUUACGAUCGUACGCUAAACGUACACGACAAAGACGCUCGCGUGAGUGGUGCAAGGACGACAAGCAGUCCCGCGGCAGCACAAGGUGAGGGCAGGUAUAGAUCCGAGGCCGAGGCCGAACACGAGUCCGAAUUUGUCCAUCAUGAUCGCAGCUUAAUCGACCGAUCCGGUUCCAGCAGAGUUCACUGGGCACUAGGCUUGCUCUCUGUCGAGGAAGACAUCACGAAAUUGACACUGCAGGAUCACUGA